AUGACGUCGUCGUUGAAACCGACGUUGAACCUUUCUCGUCCGCAGCUCAAAAAAGAGGACAACGACUUGGACGAGAACGCUUUAUUCGCGCGACGACGGCGGGAGGAAGAAGAAGAAGACGAGGACAAAGAUCGAUCUGCGCCGGGGACGAAGAACGACGACGGGGAAACGACGACGAAGACUUUGAACGAUGAGAACAAUACUACCACGAAUAACAACAUCCUCCCGAACGAGAGAGCGCAGAUUUUGAAAACGUUCGAAGCGCCGACGGAAGCGAUGACGCUUUCGGAGUUUAAAAACUGUUUGAUGAAGAAACGCGUUGGGGAAUUGCGAGAGCUUUUGGACGAGGAGGAGGACGAGGACGAGGACGAGGACGAGGACGGAUCCGAGAAGAAGAAGAAGAAGAACAGCAACAACAAGAAGAAGAAAAACGAGGAGGAGGAGAAGGAGCAGAAAUUGGCGAGAAAACAAAAGCGGAGAAAGCUCGAGAUUGAACAAUACGCGCUCGCGCAAACGCUCGCCGGCGCCAAGUCCCGGUUCGAAGCCGAACGCGUCGCCGCGAAACACACCGAAGCGAUGCAAAGAGUCCGCGCGGCGAAGCAAGAGGCGAACGCGGCCAUCGAAAAAGUGAACAAACUCACCGAGGAGUUGCGAGAAAAAGAAGAGGAAGCGCGGAAAACGCACAAAGAGGAGAGAGAGAGACGAGCGCAGUCGAGGAAGACGGACGCUUCGAAACGAGAGGAGAGGAAGAACGUCGUCGAGGCGGAGCUGAGAAGACGCGAGAAAGAGAGACACCGGUUGGUGACGAACUUGAAGCAAACCAUAGCUGAGGAAAGCGAGAUGAGGAAGAAAUUCAUCGCCUUAAAGCAAUAG